AUGGCUGAGCCACAAUGCCAUGGCGUGUCUGAAACUCGUAGGAAGGGCACUGGCAAGCGGGCCACCAUGCCGGUUGAGGCUGAGCCGGGGGUGGCAGAACUUGCCCCAGUCCCAGCAUCCCCAUGUGGGGCAUGCAAGUUCUUGAGAAGGAAGUGUAUUAGUGGGUGCAUUUUUGCACCCCACUUUGGCUCAGACCAGGGUGCAGCCAGGUUUGCUGCCGUGCACAAGGUUUUCGGUGCUAGUAACGUUUCAAAGCUCUUGCUGCACAUUCCGAUGAACCGGAGACAUGAUGCUGUGGUCACCAUAUCAUAUGAAGCUCAGGCCAGACUAUCGGACCCUGUUUAUGGUUGUGUCUCAACCAUACUUUCCUUACAACAACAGGUAGCAUCUCUACAAGCCGAGCUAGCAAUGGUGCAAAACCAACUGAUUAACAGUCGAUUUGUCAUGGCAAAUGCCCUUCAAAGCUCACAGCAACAGCAGCAGCAACAACAACAUCAUGAACAACAUAUUGCAUUGCUACAGCCAUCAUACUCAAACAAUUCCUCAGCUUCCAAUAACCUCAUAAACAUAAGCAACUUCACCCACAAUUUUGACCUUGUGGCCGAAACUACUGCACCUAAUUCUUCUCAAAGCAUGGACCGUCUUCAGCUCUCCAGGCCAUGCCAUGAUGACGAAGAUGAUGAACAAGAUAGCCAGAUUCCGGCCAUUUUUGCUAAUCAUCGGAGAUAA